CGACUCCCACGCCUCGCCAAAAACCCUAACGCAUUCGCCUCCCCGCCUCCCCGCCACCGGCCACCUCCCGCCGCCCGCCAUGGCCGACGUCGACACGGGCGAGCUCCCCCAGACGCCGCGCUCGGCGACCGGAGACGACGAGCUCUCCCUCAUGGACGGGGAGCCCGACCUGGCCGCGGCCGUCCUGGCGCGGCUCGGCGGGUCGCCGCGGGAGGACGACCAGCACCUCUGCGCCACCGCCGCCGCCAUGGCGCAGGCCGUGAGGGACCAGGGCGUCGCCGCCACCCCCGUCGCGUACUUCGCCGCGGCGGCCGCGGCGCUCGCGCCCCUGGCCCGCGCGGGGGCCGGGGCCGCGGACCGGCACGUCUCCGGCGCGCUCCUCGCGUUCCUCUCGGCCGCGGUGCCCGCGCUGCCUCCAGCCGUGGCGCGCGCCCGGGGGCGUGAGGUCGCGGACGACGUGGUGCGGGUGCUCGAGUUCCCUUCGACGCCUGACUCCGGUGUGAGGGCUGGGGUAAGGUGCCUCGCGCACUUGAUCUCGGCUGGGGAGAAGGCGAACUGGGAGGCAGUGGAGCCGCUCUAUGGGGUGGUGCUACGUCUAGCAGUUGAUCCCCGGCCUAAGGUGAGGAAGCAGUCUCAUUCAUGCUUGCGAGAUAUUCUGCUCAGUUUCCAGAGGCAAGCUGUUUUGGUCCCUGCGAGUGAAGGAAUAACGAGAUGUUUUGAGCGUUUUCUACUGCUUGCUGGUGGAUCCAAUGCUGUAAACACAGAUGUAGCAGAAGGCGGACCUAAGGGGGCUAAGGAAGUCUUGUAUAUUCUGAAUGCUUUAAAAUGCUGCCUCCCUCUUAUGUCAUCAAAACCUUCCAAUACCAUCAUAAAAUAUUUUAAAGCUCUGUUGGAUCUGCACCAACCAAUCUUGACACGGAGCAUAUUGGAGAUUCUGCAUGCUGUUGGCGACAGUCCAACUGUACAGCUUAAAUCUGACGUGCUACUGGAUAUAGUAUGCUCUUUGGGGCUAUCUGUCUCUGUUGAAAGAAAAUCAGGGGAUGAAAUGGCUUCAAUUGCAAGGCUUCUAAAUGUUGCUACUAGAAAAAUUUAUAAUCAGAAUAAGAACAUAUGUGUUGUAAAGCUUCCACUAGUAUUUACUUCACUUGGAGAUAUAUUGGCAAGUGAAUUUGAAGAAGCAAGAUUUUCUGCUGUGGAGGCUUUCAAAAGUUUAAUAGAAGACUGCAUCGAUGAAAGCAUGAUCUUACAGGGAAUUACCCAGAUUAAGUCUAGACAUCCAGGGAUAAGAUCUGAUCCCACAACCAUAGAGAAGAUAUGUGCUAUCCUAGAGGGCUUGCUAAAUGUCCGGUACGGUGAUGUCUGGGACAAAUCAUUUCAUGUGAUUUCAAUGGCAUUUGACAAAUUGGGAGAAUCGUCAGCUGACCUUUUGCCUGAAGCACUUAAGAACUUGGCAGACAUGCAAAACUUGUCAGACGAUGACUUCUCUUUCCGGAAGCAGCUUGAUUCAUGUCUUGGUUCAGCUGUUGCUGCUAUGGGACCAAAGAACGUUCUUAAAAUCCUGCAGAUUCAUUCAAUAUCUGAUGAAAAUGAAUGGAUCUUCCCCAUUUUAGAAAAGCACAUUGUUGGUGCCAGUUUACAAUUUUUCUUAACAGAUAUUCGGGACAUUAUUAGAGCUGUAGAGAAGAACAUUCCAAAGCUUUUAAAGGAAGAUAAGCUUUUCUCCGCCAAGAGAGCAGAAGGUUAUGUGUAUUCACUAUGGUCUUUGUUACCAUCGUGCUGCAAUUAUGCACGUGAUACCUCAAUCCACUUUAGAGCUCUGCAGAAUGUUUUGUGCGACACGCUUAAAAACCAGCUUGACUUGCGUGGUAUCAUUUGUUCUAGUAUUCAGGUUUUGAUUAAACAAAACAAGGAAGCAUUGUCAGUUCCUGUUGAAGAGGCCAUACUUGCUGAGGAUGAAAUAAGCAAAUCUGAAAGAAGAGCAAAAGAACGCUAUACGAAAGAGUUUGCAGAGGAAAACUUAAAAGCAAUACGGGCUUUCUCUUCAAAGUUUUUGGAAGUUCUAUGUUCUAUAUUCUUAGCUUCUUCAAAUGAUGCUAUUGGACUUCUACAGCCUGCAAUAAGUGAUAUAGCUUCCAUAUCAGAGAAAGACACUGUUGGCAGGUUCUUUCUUGAUGCAAUAAGGAAGUUGUUGGAUGCCACAAAAGCUGUUAAUGCAGAACAAAAGAAUGAUAGUUCAAUGCAAAUCGAAGCUAAUUCCAACACAAAUAACAUGGCAAGGGCUCUCCUGUUGGACUUUGCAGCUUCAUUAAUGCCUGGUUUAGCUGCAAAAUCGAUCAAUGUGCUAUUCAGUUAUGUAAAACCUGCAAUUAAGGAUACUGACUCAUUGAUUCAAAAGAGAGCAUACAAGGUCCUUUCAAUGCUGCUCAAGGAUACUGAGUUUAUUGAGCGGAAUUUGGAUACCUUGUUGGGCUUGAUGAUUUCUUCUUUGCCAUGCCAAUUUCCAUCAAAGCGCUACAGGCUUGAAUGCCUGCAUCACCUUAUUGUUUACAUUUUGAAGGAUUCAUCUAAGCUUGGAAAGAGGGAAAUUAUUGGUUCAUUCCUGACUGAAAUACUUCUUGCCUUAAAGGAGGCUAACAAGAAGACAAGAAACAGAGCUUAUGAUCUACUUAUUGAAAUUGGACGUGCUUGUGAAGAUGCAGAAAAUGACGGGAGGAAGGAGAAUUUGCACCAGUUCUUUGGCAUGGUUGCUGGUGGUCUUGCUGGUCAAACUCCAUAUGCGAUUAGUGCUUCUGUAACUGGGUUAGCUCGGUUAACUUAUGAGUUCUCUGAGCUUAUUGGAGUAGCAUACAAGCUCCUCCCAUCAACUUUUCUUCUCAUGCAGAGGAACAACCGAGAGAUUGUCAAAGCCAACUUAGGUUUUAUCAAAGCUUUGGUGGCUAAAUCUAAAGCCGAUGUAUUGCACGAGCAUUUGAAAGGAGUUGUCGAGGGUUUGCUGAGCUGGCAAACUGAUACAAAGAAUUCCUUCAAAGCGAAGAUAAAGUCACUGAUGGAAAUUCUAGUGAAAAAAUGUGGUUUGGAUGCUGUGAAGGCUGUGAUGCCUGAAGAACAUAUAAAAUUGCUGACCAACAUUAGGAAGAUUAAUGAGCGAAAAAUGCGGAAAUCUAAAUCUUCUGAGGAUGGGGAUAACAUGUCGAUGACCUCACGAGCUACAAGACAAAGUAGAUGGAAUCACACACAGAUGUUUUCUGAUUUUGGAAGUGAUGAGGAUGACUCCAAUGGUCCCUUUUCUGCCCAACAUACAGUUGCUUCUCGUACUGGAACAAAAGCUUCAACACGGUCGACCAGGAAGCGCCAAGCAGAUAAGAGCUUGCUAGAGAAGUUCAUUGAUCAGUCAACUGGCGAGCCCCUAGAUUUACUUGACCAGAAAACAGUGCGGUUGGCUCUCAAAUCGACGAAAAAGAGGGCUAUGCCUGAUGAAGAUGAUGAUGAGGUGGAGAUGGACCCUGAAGGGCGUAUCAUUGUGCGGGAAGAGCGGGAGAGGCGCAAAAAGAAGCAGCCUAUCUCCCGAGACGACGAGGCCGACGACAGGAGCAUGGUCCGAAGCCAGUCCGUCAAGAGGAGGAAGACGACCAGCUCCGGCUGGGCCUACACUGGCCAUGACUACACCAGCAAGAAGGCCAGUGGCGAUCUCAAGAAGAAAGACAAGAUGGAUCCGUAUGCCUACUGGCCAUUAGACAGGAAGCUUCUGAACCGCAGGUCGGACCGCAAAGCGGCGGCACGCAAGGGCAUGAGCAGUGUCAUGAAGGUGACCAAGAAGCUCGAAGGGAAGAGCGCCGCCAGCGCGCUCGCUGCUAAGAGAACGCAAACAAAAAACCGGAAGCAGAAGAAGAGCAAGUAAGGAGACGAAGGGACAGAGAGAGAUAGGGCAAGGAAGCUUUGUAUAGCUGAACCGAUGGCCCUUGGCAGUUGGGAGGGAAAGUUUUGGACGUGUACAGUGCUUGGUGAGGAUUCGGCCGUAGUAGUUGUUUUUGCUCGUUUCAUCUCCUAUCUGUCGAAGAGAAACACUAGGUUCCAUUCUUGCCAAAAAGGGAGAUUUUUUGAGGGGAAAAAGGGGGAAAUUUUGACACCCGUCGGUAUGACGGUACCAGAUUCAGAUUAGAUUUAAUUUUCUUGUAAGUUUUUGAUUGAUGACUAUUGAAUUUGAAAUUUGUUGCUUCCUGCCCGCUGACACUUCGCUGUAAUGGAAGAUGAGCUGUAGCGAAA